AUGCUGGAUCAGGAAGAUGUCAAGAAACGUAUGUCCCAGAUUGAGUUAGACAUCAACCAGAUGAACAAGAUGAUCGAUGAGAACUUGCAACUAGGCGAGAACGACGGCCAUGACUCUGGUACCGAAGGUGUCGAAGGUGCAGUUGGUGAGGGAGUAGAUGGACAAGCUGGUCCAGUAGAACCCGUGGUUACCACAGCAGCUGAGGAAACUUCUGAGACAAAGGAUAUUGAACAUGAACAAGUUACGAAUGAAGGUAUGGCAAAGGAGGUAGAGGACGCCUCCGAGAGUUCUGUCCAAGCAACAGAACAAGCACAAGAUCAACAGGCUGGUACUAAUGAGGAAACGAAUACAUUUAAAACUGAAAGCAUGCCAGAACCAGAGACACAAGCACCGGAGGUAAAUGAUUUAGAGAUGAAAGAACCAGAGAUGAAAGAACCAGAGAUGAAAGAACCAGAGACGGUAGAACCAGAGACGGUAGAACCAGAGAUGAAAGAACCAGAGACGGUAGAACCAGAGAUGAAAGAACCUGUGAUAAAGGAGACAGACGCACUAGAACCUGAGAUGAAACAUGCCGAAAUUCCGCCGCAAGCUACUACAGAGGAACAACCUACAAGACACGAUGAGUGGGAGGAUGUGGAAGAGGAAGAGUUCAAUGAGAUAGAUACUUCCACUGAGAGCAAUAACGUUAUAGGAGACACCAAGCAGGUUGAGGGAUCAUCUGUACUAGCUGCUGGAGAUCUUAGAGGCAACGUUGCGGACAAUGGCAACUUGACACCGGUGACAGAUAUAGAUGAUGCUGAGUCCACGAUAUUUAUACCCAAGAAACAGAAUCAGAACAGCGAGCUUACAGAGCAGAUGAAAGAGACGCUGAGAAACACCAGAAGAACCACCAACCCAUUCCGUGUGAUCUCUGUGAGCAGUAGUAAUAGCUCUACUAACAGCUCCCGGAAGUCCAGUGGACACGACAUGGGUCUGGAGCAAACUCCAAGCGAGCAGCUGAAGAGAUACGAACAAAGACACUACUACUUGACCACAAAGUGCGGCAAGAUACAGAAAGAGAUCGAUUACUUAAAUAAAAUGAACUCGCAGGGCACAUUAUCUAUAGACGAUUCACGUAAGCUCACAAGAGCAAUUGCAAAACUACAAGAAUACCUGGACAAGAAAAACAAAGAAAGAUACGAAGUAGGUGUAUUACUAAGUCGGCAAUUAAGAAGAGAUAUCAACCGUGGGGAAAACGGAGAGUUCUGGAUAGGUACCAAGUAG